GCUCCAACGCGGUGCCAUGCGAGGCUUCGGGCCAGCGCUGACGGCGCGGCGGCUCUUCCCCCUGCGGCUUCCUCCGCGGCCGUCGCGGCGGGCCGGACCCCGGCUGUCGAGCGGGCCGGCGGAGGCGGGCGCCCUGGAGCGGGCCAUGGACGAGCUGCUGCGCCGCGCCGUGCCCGCCACGCCGGCCUACGAGCUGCGCGAGAAGACGCCGGCGCCGGCCGAGGGCCAGUGCGCGGACUUCGUGAGCUUCUACGGCGGCCUGGCCGCGGCGGCCGAGCGCGCCGAGCUGCUGAGCCGCCUGGCGCGGGGCUUCGGCGUGGACCACGGCCAGGUGGCCGAGCAGAGCGCCGGCGUGCUCCAGCUGCGCGAGCAGCCGCGGGAGGCGGCCGUGCUGCUGCAGGCCGAGGACCGGCUGCGCUACGCGCUGGUGCCGCGCUACCGCGGCCUCUUCCACCACAUCAGCAAGCUGGACGGCGGCGUGGGCUUCCUGGUGCGGCUCCGGGCCGACUUGCUCGAGGCGCAGGCCCUCAAGCUGGUGGAGGGGCCGCACGUCCGGGAGAUGAACGGCGUGCUGAAGGGCAUGCUCUCCGAGUGGUUCUCCUCGGGCUUCCUCAGCCUGGAACGGGUCACCUGGCACUCGCCGUGCGAGGUCCUGCAGAAAAUCAGCGAGUCUGAGGCUGUGCACCCCGUGAAGAACUGGAUGGAUAUGAAACGACGGGUCGGGCCCUACCGCAGGUGUUACUUCUUCUCUCACUGCGCGGCCCCCGAGGAGCCCCUGGUCGUGCUGCACGUGGCACUCACCGGCGAGAUCUCCAGCGACAUCCAGGCCAUAGUGAAGGAAUGUCCCCCGUCGGAGACGGAGGAGAGGAGCAGGAUCUCUGCGGCCAUCUUCUACUCCAUCAGCCUGACGCAGCCCGGACUGCAGGGCGUGGAGCUGGGCACCUUCCUCGUCAAGCGAGUGCUCAAGGAGCUGCAGAAAGAGUUCCCUCAUCUUGGGACGUUUUCGAGUCUGUCUCCUAUCCCUGGAUUCACCAAGUGGCUUCUGGGGCUCCUGAACACGCAAGCAAAGGAGGCCGGGCGGAGCGAACUGCUCACAGAUUCCGAGUGUAGCGAGAUCUCGGCGAUCCUGGGCGGCCCCGUUCAUGAGGCGCUCCGGGCCUCGCUCAGCGGCAGCGAGUGGGUGAAGUCGGACAAGCUGGUCAGGGCGCUGCAGGGCCCCCUGAUGCGGCUCUGCGCCUGGUACUUGUACGGAGAGAAGCACCGGGGCUACGCCCUGAACCCCGUGGCGAACUUCCACCUGCAGAACGGGGCCGUGCUGUGGCGCAUCAACUGGCUGGCCGACCCGAGCCCCAAGGGCGUCGCCGGCUCCUGCGGCCUGAUGGUCAACUACCGGUACUACCCCGAGGACACGGCCAGCAACAGCACCAGCUACCUCUGCUCAAAGAGCAUCAAGGCUUCCGAGCAGGUGCUCAGCCUCGUGGCCCAGUUUCAGAAGAACAGCAAGCUCUAGACGGGCCCUCGAGCGGACGUCCCUGACUCAGGACAGGAUCGUUUUCCGGACGGGUCGGGGGUGGGGGGUUAUGUAUCCAAAGAGGCUUGUUUAGUAAAGCAGAGUUAACACGUGCUCUCUUGCCCGGAGCAGAGGCCGCACCGGAAGGCCGUGUCCUACCUCCCAUCGCGAGAGAGUGAGGCGCCUGGCGCCAGAUGGUGGUGCAGGGGGACGCGCACCGGGUGGGGCCGUCGUGCUGUUCCCAGGAGAGCGGCCUGGCCCCCUGCCAGAGCGGGCGGGUGGCACCCCCACCUUUAGAAAGCUCUAGAGCCUCUGCUGGCCAUGGCCCCAGGGUGCACCGGUCGGCCUCACAAGGACCUCGGCGGGUGGCCCGGGUGAGACAGAUGUCCCUUCAAGCUUAGAGCGUAAAUCAGCCACGGUUGUCUUAGCCAUUUCUCUCCACUCGCUCCCAAGGGACGGAGGGCCGUGCUGCCUUUCGCUCAAAUUUCGGGGAUCCUGAACGUACGCAGGUGUUCAUGACUGCACGCCAUUCGCCACGAUUGUCGAGCACACAAGGCCUUGUCGCUCAGGGCUCAAGGCGGAUUGUGGGCUUUGAGAGUUCGGCACCGCAGGCUUCUCGUGAACCUCAUAGCACGGAAGUUUCUUCCACGGAGCCUUAAACAUGGUUAUUGAAGUC